AUGAAUGAAAAAACAGCAAUCCUGAAACCAUCAGUAUCAACAUCUCCCCCAAUGAAUAGGUCACCAUCGCCAAUACUCAAACAUAAAAGGACAAAAAGUAAUUCACCUUCGAAAGUUCGUUUUUCAGACGACAUUGCUGAGCCCACUGCUCCUGCCGUUGCCAUUACAAGUGACAAUCAACCACAAUUAAAGAAAUCCACAGUACCUUUAGAAUCACAAAUGCAAGAAUCAUCAAAUCAUUCAACAGAAGACUUGGGUGCCUUAAAAGGUCAUUUCUUCACUACAAAUUCAAACGUCUUGUUGGAUGUCCCCAAAGAUGUUUGGGAAUUCCACAAUGCAAAUAUGAUUAAAAAAAAUUUUAACAAUGUUUCAAAAAAUGUUUCAAAUAAAAAUACAAAGGGUUCUCCUAAACCUGCUAGCAAGCACAAGAGAAAUAAUUAUUCGAUUUCCAUUGCUGAUUUCACCAAUAACAACAACAACAACAAUAAAUCAUCAAUGAGUAAGAAAUAUGCCCAUGAGAGAUCGAAAUCAUUACAAUCAAUUAUUGUAUCAACAAUCCAAUCAUAUAACAAUUCUUCCAAUAUAUCAAUAAAUAACACUUCGUUCAAUACCUCUUUCAAUCCUUCCACAAUUAAUGAUUCGAGUCUCAGCACAAUAAGCCAAGUAUCACCAUUACAUCUGCGCCAUAAUAAUAAUAAUAAUAAUAAUAAUAAUUCAAGAGACAUAUCCACUAAUAAAAACAACAACAACAAUUUGAUCACUACUACAAAUACAAUCCAAAACAAUCUAUAUUUGGCUCCUACUUCUCCUUUAAAUAAAUUCAAUAUUUCAGUACCUUUACAAAUCUCCUUGCCUCCCUAUUUAUCACCAAAAAAUAAAAAUAAAUUACAUCCAGAUAUCAUUUUUGAUGGAAAUGGAUAUUCUACCUUUAAUAACUCUAUUACAUCGUGUUCAUCGGAAGAGGGUGAUGAAAACCAAGUAGAAAACAAUCGUUCAAAUGAUAAUACUUCUUCAAGUCUUUCCUCUUCCAUCAAUGAUAGUUUAGUUUCAUUGAUUGCUCUAUUACCAGAUGAAAACCAUGAUAUUUCAAUCAAUUAUGAUGAUAUGGUAGAUAAUACUUUAGGCAUUGAUCAAGAGGCAAACGUUAAUCUAAGAAAACAAAUGAAAAAUAUUAGAAAGAAAAACAUAACUCCAGUACCAAUUAUUAAAAAGGAUUUAGUAGCUGAAACUAAUGAUGUACAGCCUUGUUCUAAUACCCAAUCUAUUUCCACUUCAAAUACAGAUUCGUUAACAAUUUUACAGUCUGCUUCAAAAGUUAUUGCUAUUCCAGAUGUUAAUGAUGAAAUUAUGAAUAGCCCUGCUAAAACAAGUAAUGGCAAUCCUUUAAAAUUUUUUGAGCAAUUUAACCCUUCUCCAAAUGAUACUAAAGCUUCACCAUCAAAUAAUGGUACUGAUGAAUUAAAUUUGAAUUUUAAAUUUCCAAAUAAUCAAACAGAAACUGUAAAUGAUGACCAUAAAGAUGAUUUUAAUGAUUAUUUAAAAAUAGAUACCUCUUCAAAUGACGUAGCUUUCAAUUCCAGAAGAAGCAAAUUGAUUAAUAGCCACAAAUUAGACAUGGCGUCACCAGAACAUCAAAGAAGAAGAUCUCAUAUACACAGAAGAAGUGAUAGUGUUUUCAAGAUUAUACCAGAAGAUUUACAAUUAGAGACAAUUCAUGAGAACGAUAAUACUCAACCUCAAAAACAACUAACUGUGCCAAUAACGUUUGACUCUAAAAGUCACCUUACUAGCCCACCUCAAGUGAAGAAUGAAGGAAAUUCCCUAAAGCUAAUGGUCUCUUCACCAUUAAGAAACAUGGAAUCUGCUUAUUCUAAUGAUAAUAUUAAUUCAGACAUCACUCCAACGAAGACUAAAUCAAAUAGCUCUAAUCUUUCAUUUGCUGCAACUUCAACUCCACCAACCUCAAGCUUAGUAGCUCCUUCAAGGUCCCCGUUACGUCUAAAUCGUAAUUCCUUGUUAAAUACUUCUCAUAUUUCUAUACCAGAUUCUACAAAUGAUCUUGAUACUAACUCUCCUGAAAUGAUGUUCAAUAACAAUGAAGUAAAAAAUAUGGAAAACCACUAUUUAUCUGAUUCUCAUUCUCAAGAAACUACAAAUCAAAAUGGGGUCUCUCUUCUAACGUCUCAUCUCAAUGAAGACAUACAUCAAAAUAAAGAACCUUCACAUACUACUUAUACACAAGACAAUACAAACGAAGGUAAAUAUCUUUCUCCCAAUCCUCAUUUCCAGGGUAGUACAAUUCAGGAUGACAAUAUUUUCCAUACCUCUCAUACUCAAGAAAAUACAAAUACAAUCAAGUAUUCGUUCCCUCCUAGUCAUGUUCAAGAAGCUGAAACUCUUGGUAGAUAUUCUUUUCCACCUCCUACCCUACCAAGUAGUAAAACCCAAAAUGAGUACUCUUUCCCUUCUCUAAAUACACAAAAUAACGCGACUUUAAUGAAUGAUUCUUUACUAGCUGAGAAUGCCACUGGGACUGUCAACCAAAAUAGUUACACAUUUCCACCUAAAAGUGCUCCGGAACCAAGGAAUUGUAACUCCUUAAUGCCUUUAAACACACACAAAAGUGAUAGUCAAAGUUUAUUUUAUUUACCAACGAGUCUAACUGAGAAUGAAAAUUCAAACUUAGAAACACAUCAUAAUAAGCACAUCCAAGACAAAAGUCACAUAUCUAUUAACUCUUAUACACAAGAUUAUUCUGGUUUUAUUCCGGAUAUUUCUCAUAUUACAAUCUUAUCACAAACUGAUCAGGAGCAUGAGUCUUUAGAUAAUGAAGAUAUUAAUGAAAAUUUUGAUACCAAUUCUAAUAAUAUUCUAGAUGAAUAUCAGCAUGAUGAGGAGAACCAAAUUAUUCAAACAAAUGAAGUUAAACAAGGAUUCAGUUUGCUAGAAAAAACUACUAACAAAUAUGAACUAGAAGAAAUGAAACAAUAUGACCAAUAUUUUGAACAAUUUAAUGACAUGACCAAUUAUGAAGAAGAUUUAAAUUCACAGGAUAAAAUUAAUUCACAACCAGUUGAAACUACAACGAUAAGCCAAUUCGAUACAACAAAAUCAAAAACUGAUAGUAAGAGAGUUCCUAACAAUCAAAUUAAUAGACACAGGACAGAUAGCUUAGCUGAAGUUGAUUAUGAGAGCAUAUCGAAUGAUAAGGAAGAUAGUGACACGUUUUCCUUUGAAAUAAAAUCAGUUCAGGGUGAAGAAAAUAUUACACAGGAGAGUCUUAUGGUAAUAUCCGAAACGAAUAUAGAUUUGUCAUUUGACGGAGAAAAAUUACAAUUUCAACCUAGUAAGUUGAGUGAGAAGGAAUAUAUUGAUGAACUUACAAAAGGAAGUAAUCAGGCUACUAGUCCCAGCUUAAUCUCUUCAAUGCUAUCUAAAAAAGUCUCUUUAUCACAACCAUCUUCAUCUAAAUCUACCACUAAACCAUUAACUUCAAUGAAUUCUUUCCCUAUACCUUUAACUGAUCCCUUAAGCUUAGCUAAAGUUGCACCACAAAAUGUUGAUAAUUUAAUUGAUAACUCGGAUUUUUUUCUCAUUAAGACAGCCACCCAAAGAUCAGUUUCAAAUGUCGAAAGUAGUAUGUCCUCAAACUCACAAUUUUCCAAACAUACACAUAACACUAACUUGACAGCAUAUAGUUCAAAUAAUAACCAUACAUUAUUAGCUCCUGCCUCUACCAAUAUGAGUAUACUUCAAUCAAAGAAACCAAUAAACUUUGAAGAUAAAAUUACUAUCAACUCUUAUAAUGGUAAUAUUAAAAUGGAUGAUCCCAAAGAAACAAAUAGAGAUAAUUCUCCGUUUAAUGAUAAUAAUAGUGACCUUAGACGAAAAGAUAACAAGAGGAACCCUCAAAAUUUGAAAAGAUACUCAAAACAAAAAGUAGGAACCUCUUGCGAGCUACUAAACUUGUGUGAUGAGACUGCUAAUAAAGCUAGAGAUGUUUUAAAUCACUUAUCGGUGAGCAAUGAGCUACAAGAUAAUACCUACACCGACAAAAUUAGUAAAAUAUCGAGUAACAAUAACCAACCUAUAGUAAGAAGAAUGCAUACGCAACAAGAUGCUCUUAAAAGAUUAAGUAUGGAUUUAAAGGCCUAUAACAACAAUAUAUUGUAG